AUGGCCAUUAUUUUGAGAUUUGUUACUCUAGAUAGUUUUGUUAAAGAGAGAUUCUUUGAUCUUGUGCAUGUCACUGAUACUUGUGCAACAACUUUAAAGAAAGAAUUGAUUUCUGUCCUUUCUCAUUAUAAUCUCCAAGUUGAAAAUAUUAGGGGUCAAGGGUAUGAUGGUGCUAGCAACAUGCGGGGUGAGUGGAAUGGUUUGCAAGCUUUGUUUCUUAAAGAUUCUCUACAAGCAUACUAUGUACAUUGUUUUGCUCAUAGGUUACAAUUAGCAUUGGUGGCAGCUUCAAGAGAGUGCUUCUCAAAAGGACAUGAUCAAUUACAAGAAGCUCAAGCAAUUGAAAAUGCAAACUUGGUUGCUCAAAAUGAAUUAGAAACAGGCAAAUGUGCGAAUCAAAUAAGCACUUUACAAAGAGUUGGGGAUACUCGAUGGAGCUCUCAUUUUAAUUCUAUUUGCAGUUUGGUAAAAAUGUUUACUGCUACCAAUAUUGUUCUCAAUAAUAUCAUUGAAGACGGGACAACUUAUGCACAAAGAGGUGAGGCUUAUGGUGUUAGUAAAAUAUUAUUGUCAUUUGAAUUUGUUUUCACUUUGCACUUGAUGAAAGAGAUUAUGAAAAUCACUAAUGUUCUUUGCCAAGCACUGCAACAACAAUCUCAAGAUAUUCUUAAUGCAAUGCAUAUUGUUUCUACAUCAAAGUUACUUCUUCAACAAUUAAGGGAUGGUGGAUGGUGCAAUUUUCUUGCAAAUGUUAAAGAUUUUUGUGAAAAGCAUGAAAUUGAAGUCCCUAAUAUGAGUGCACAAUAUGUUUUUGGAAGAGGUCGAUCUCGUCAACCAAGUGUAACAGUUGAGCAUCAUUAUCGAAUAGAUGUAUUCUUGGCAACAAUUGACUCUCAAAUACAAGAGUUGAAUAGUAGAUUUAAUGAGCAAACAAUAGAGCUUUUGACUUUGAGUUGUGCUUUGGAUCCUAAGGACAAUUUCAAAUCAUUUAAUAUUGAAGAAAUUAGCAAGUUAGCAGAGAAGUUUUAUCCCCUUGACUUUCCUUCUAAUGAGCUAAAUAUUUUGAAAUCUCAGUUGCAACAUUAUCAGCAUGAUAUACCAAAUCAUUUGAAAGGCAUUGGUACACUUUCUGAAUUGUGCAACAAGUUGCAAGAAACGGAAAAAUCAAGAAUUUAUCACAUGAUUGAUAGAUUAAUACGUCUUGUUUUGACUCUACCAGUGUCUACAGCAACAACAGAAAGAGCUUUUUCAGCAAUGAAAAUUGUUAAGACAAGACUCCGAAGUAAGAUGGCUGAUGAAUUUCUUGCAGACAAUUUGGUCAUCUAUAUAGAGAAAGAAUUAGCAGCUAUUUUCGACACAAAUUCAAUUAUAGAUGAUUUUGAAAAUAGAAAAAAACGUCGAAUAGCCUUUUCAUGA